GCCACGUCAUAGCACGCACCUCCACCUUGAACGGUUCGCUUCUCGACGUCUAGUCUUUGAGUCUCUCACUCUGACGCAAGGACAUCAUGGCUGCUCCAGCACAUCCAGACCUCUCAAAGAUAUUCAAUAAUCCUCUCGGAGCGUCCUCCUCGUCUUCUUCUUCAACCAAUCGAGCACAAGCCCAAAAUGCCUCCGCUAUCUCUCUCCCCAAGACAUCCACCGAUCUCUUGAGGUUGAUGAAAUCCACAACGACCAAUCAAGCUGUUCGCGAUACAUUGAUUCCUGUCCUCAAUCGGAUCGCGGACGGAGAAGGACAGACAGGAUCUACAAAAAGUCAGAAGAUGAAAAAGGGGGAGAUGUUGUUGCAGUUGCCGAAUAUACAGAAGGAUUUCGAUGUGUCCAAGUUGACAGAUGCAGAGAUCAAGGCGAUGACAGCAGCGUUGGUAUAUGUCCUAUCCGCUCGAUUCGACAAUUCUUCUGCACCGGAAUCAGAUCAAUUGAUGAUGGUGUGGAUGAUGAAGUUUGUGAAGCAACUUGACCCGGAGCAAAUUCGAAUGACAAAAUCACGACUCGGUGUUCUAGCUUGGUCGUUCCAAAGGCUGUGUAAACGAUCCGGCAAGCCCGAACUCUGCACUCCCAUCAUACUUGGUAUACAAUCCUUCUCUUACCCCCCUACGGUGUUCACCGGCGUCCUCCCUGCGAUCCUCGAAAGCUGUAUCCUCGUCCGGGAAUUUGACUUUGCACUACCUCUCAUCAACGAGGUAGUGAGAGACUUCGUCACGGGCGCCCCAACAUAUCUUGACGUCUUGACGUACUUUCAUCAUGCAGGAUUGGUCUUUGCAGCUUUAGGAGACUACGCAAGGGCCACGGAGAGAUUCGUGAUGGCACUCUGUAUACCUACCUCUGCCGCUUCCGCGAUUCAGCUGGCGUGUGCGAAGCGAGCGAUGCUGUGUGAACUGAUAGUCACGGGCAAGACUUUACGGUAUCCAAAAUAUAUCUCCAGUGCCGUUACACGAAUCAUCGACCGGAAUGCUGAGACUUACACCCAACUCGCCAAGGCGUUUGAGAAUCAUGAAUGGGCAGCGGUACAAGCUGCAGGGAAAAGCCCAGACUUCAAGCAGGAUGCUAAUGAGGGUCUGUUGCAAGCUGUCCUUGCAUCUGCUCCAAAACGCAAGAUCCUCAAAGUCCGAGAGACGUUUUCUCGACUUCGCCUGGAUCAGCUCGCAAUCAAGGUUGAGGAUGACAGUCCGAAUGGACAAUUGACUCGUGAUACCCUUCAAGCAAUGAUUCAGACGGGCGAAGUUGCCGCUUCCAUCACACCUUCCGAACCUUCGCCCAUCAUUACAUUCCACGAACACACCAUCGCUGGUCCUGAGGUGACCGCUCGUCAGCUUGCAGAAGCUCAAGCUGCUGAUGCAUGGUUGGAGCUGGAUCUGUCAGCGGGCAACAAGUCAUUGGGAUUGUCAGAUACGUAUCUAGGCAAGCAACUUGACAUGCACGAUAUGAGUGGAGGUGGCAAGAAGUCUCGUGGGGCGGGUAUAGAGGACCGUGAAGCGGGACUACGGAAGUCCGGUCGUGUGAGAGGAGUAGGGAGCAACAUGGCCGAUACCGGGUUCUAGUGUGGGGUUUGGCCACAAAAGAUCGUUCAGAACGAUUGCGGGAGGUUGGUCAAGGCGACCCCUUGUCUGUAGCAUAUUUACACAGCGGAUGACGUGACAUGGCAUGAUACGACAACGAGGACAUGUAGAAGAUUGGAAAAACUGCAACUCAGCUUCGCA